CUUGUGACAAAAAAAGAAGCUGUGACUGUUAAUAUUAAUUGUUAGUUAUUGUUUCCAGUUCGACGACCAACUAUAUCUUUAAGAUUCUAAAUUUAUUGUACCAUAAAUUAUCUAUGGCAAACAACCGAAAAAGAAGAGGAUCUUAUAUUGAUUCUUUACCGGACAGGGUUUUUGAUGGCUACGUAUUUCGACAAGGAAGACAUUUAAAAGAUGGUGCUCGACGUUUAAUUUGUUCUCACGCAGAAUCAGAUGCUUGCAAUGCCCAAGGUACCUUGUCUGCGACAGAUGACUUUACUUAUGUCCGUAAUCGAAGUAAACAUACUCAUGAACGAGAUCCCGAUGCAGAAUUGAAAGCUCGGUUUAUUCGAGAUUUAUAUAUCGCAACUAAACACGAAUUUCGAAACCUUGAAAUUAUAUAUAAUGACGUAUCAUUGAUACAUCAAGAAGGCGCCGCUCUACUGAGUUUUGAUACGAUAAACAGAAGGAUGCAAACAUGGUUAGAGAGUAGAGUAUUUCCUGGAGUAGCAUCAAUUGAUGACAUAAAAUUAAAAUUAGAAAGUCCACAUUUCAAAAAUAUCAAUCUGCAUAACGCAGGAAAAACAGAAAUUGUUUUUCUGCAAAAUGAUGAAGGUCAAAAUGUCUCCAUGGUUCUUUAUGAUUCAAUUCUUUUAACUCAACUUCAACCUACGACAUUAUUUAUUCAAUCAACUCAACAAUUGUUUGAAGAUCUCGAUGCUCUUCAAUUAACGGCAAUCUCGGCUGAGUAUAAGGAUCAUAUUUUACCUUUAAUAUGGAUUAUUCAAGUCCAAAAGAACGAAGAAAGUUGUAAAAUUAUUUUUCGCAAGAUAUUAAAUUUACAACCUAACUUUUCACCUACAAAAAUUUAUUUUGAUUUCGAUGAUGAUUAUUGGAGAGCCUUAAAUGCAGUGUUUCCUGGUGUAAUCAUUAAAGGAAUGUUCUUAAACCAUUGCAAGAUCAUGACAAAUAAAGUCCAUCGUUUGAAUCUUGACUUGAAGGAUAGUACGACAAUAUCAACAGUAUCUAAAUUAAUAUCUAUCAGCUUGUUACCCGAAAGUAAGAUCAUAAAUGCUUUGCGCGAGAUUGUUAACUCUUUAAAUAAUGAUGAAUUUCAACAUUUUGAAGAUCUGAUGGAAUAUUAUAAUCAACACUGGCUUACAAGUAUUAAAGUAGAAAAUUACUGUUUUUAUAAUGAUAUAAUGUCCUUGUGGAAGAAUGGUGAAUUAAUUCUCCAAAGCAUGAUAAGUCGACUUGAGAAAAGUAAAACUGUAUGGAGUUUGAUUGAACAAGUAUCAUUAAUGAAUUCUCAAAUUCAUUUCCAUCGCAAUAACUUGAUGACAAAAGGACAUUUUAUCAUACACUCCAGAAAAGUUAAAAAUAUUUUCACUAAUGUAAAAAACUGCAAGUAUAUUUCUGAUUUAUGGACUAAAAUUACAGCAGGAACUGUAAAUUCUACAGACUUCGUAAUAAGAAUAGCAAAUCACCUAAUACCAGUCUUACGUAAUUUAUUACUUUCUGAUGUUGAAAUUCCUGCUCAGUUCAAAUUGUUAAAAUUAUUUAUCAAUGAAGCAGCCGAACCACCGGAAGACUUACCACAAAUGUCAGCUAAUGAAGUUGUUGAAGUUGACGCAACACCACCAGUUGAUUUAGUUAACAACCUAACAUCUUUGGAUCAUAAUUAUAAUUUGUCUUCUGAUCCAUCUGACCAUGAAGAAACUUCGGAUCCUAACAUCAAUCCUGAUUUAAUUGACAUUGAUAAUGAUUCAUUAUUCCCUGAUGUAGAAAAUUUAUCAGAAUCCAUUGAUGAUAAUGAUCGUUCUGAAUUACCAAAUAUGGGAAAUAAUUCACCAGAACUUGGUCUGCGUGAAGGCACGGGAUUUACUGACCCUAAUGUAAUGUCAGAAUCAACUGUUAUUAACAGUGGAUUACUGACAACUGCAUCAGAAAAUGAAAUAAUUAUUUCUUCAGAGCAACAAGAUAUAAAUCGAUCGUAUAUUUACGCUCAGCAGUGCUUAGGCUGUUUUAAUGACUUAAUCGAAGUUGGUUAUAAACCUUGCAAUCAUGCUCCAUUUUGUUGGUCGUGUAAUAAUAAAUGGCAUGAUGAGGCGAUUGCAAAUGGAGAAUUAUUCACUUGCAUAUUGUGUAGAACUUUCGUCGAAAUUGCAGACGAUUUACGAGCGGAUUGUUAAUUAACACAAUAA